AUGGAAACCCAAUGGCAUGAGGUGAUUAUUCAAAACGAUGAGGGUGAUAGUUCCUUUGCGAAGGCUGCUCCAUUAAUGAUAGAGGCACUGCAACUAUUGGCCUCUGUUCAAUCAUUACCACUAGCCCUGCGUACAGCCUGUCGGGAAUCCGAACUCGUGCAGGCGAAUAAUACACAUAUUGUUUAUCGAAAGGCACUUGAAGAAGUACGAAGUCUGCAUGGUACUUUAUCAACUGUUUUAGAUUCUGUCUAUGGUAGUUUAUUACACUUGCAAACUUCAGAGUUUCUCUCUGCUCAACAAUAUCAACAGCACUCAUCACCUUCUCGUAGUAGUAAAAGUGAUGGUAUUACUACUACUACUACUACUACGAUGGGAGAAAAUAAUGAUAUCUAUACAUUACUUCGAUGUCAAGAUGGAUUAAUUAUCCCGCAUGAAUUACAUAUGGAUACAUUUCUAGCCUCACAGUCUGCCUUUGAUUAUAAAGUGUUUCGUCUCCAAUUUGGAAGAAUGUGUCAGUUGAUGGCAAAUGUGGAACUCUUCUCUGCAUGUGAGCCUCGUAUUCGAGUUUUACAAUGUCGUUAUCGUCUUCAUCGGGCUUUUAAUGGACCACGUGAGGAUCGUUUUCACCCAACACUUGGCGCUGGUGGAUUUCGUCAUGCCCCUAAAGUAGAUUUACGCCGGAUUAGUACUUGCAUGUCUUCUGCUACUUUAGUGGAGUUUAUGGAGAAGUUGUUAAAAAAUGAACCAAAUCUUUUUCUUUCCAGACGUAGGGGAUCAAAUGGUUCUUCUAGUAAAUUGCGGGCUGCACAGGACGAUAAUAAUAAUAAUAAUAAUAAUAAUAAUAAUAAUAAUAAUAAUAAUAAUGGGAGUAUAUCCAAUAAGAAAGGAGAGAGAAAAGAAGAAGAAGAAGGUCGUGGAUCUACACUGAAGGAUAUGGCGGAUGCCUUUUUUGGUCCUUUUAUACAACCAGAAGAGCGAUACUUUACUUCUGAUGGAUUAGGUUUACAUCCAAACUAUACAGAAACCACAGAACGUAUAUUGGAUUUAUUUGAUAAUCGUAUUUCCCCAUCCCAACCAACAGUUGCCAAUGCCAUACCACUUCUUCGAGAAUUUCUUGAUAUUAACGGUGGAAAUAAUGGGGAAUUACUUGCCAGACUUGUUAUGCCAAUGCUUUCAAGAAUAGCUGUAGGCGAUCAUGAUUUCUUAGAACUUGAAUUUACCAUCACUGGUAGAAAUACUGGAGAAAUAGAAGAUAUCGCCUCAUGGUGUGUUCGUAGUGGAAUUGUUUCUUCAGAAAAUGUUCAACUUUCAUUAAGAAUUGUACAUGUUCCACUUUCUUCUAAUGAUAUUAAUUGUACAGCAAAGAAUAUGGAAGAUGUAUUGAAAAAUAUUUUUUCACCCUUUUGGAUGACUCUUUUAAAACCACGAGAAUAUCCUGAAAUGGUGAAAUUUCUUAAACGUCUAGUUUCUGUAGCUGUAUCUGUGAGUGUGGCUGCGGAAGUGCAGGAAAUGCCUACCGUGAAUGAUCCUAAAGUAUAUUCUGUAGAGAGUGGUUUAGUUCCACCGGAUGCUUUCUUUAUAUAUCAUAUUUGGCGAAAUAUUCAAUUAUUGAAUUGUAUGGCAACCACACAUGUAUUUUUUUCCUCAGAAAAAAAAGGAAACUCAUCCACAGUAUUCACAGAAUCUACUACUACUACUACUACUACUAAUAAUAAUAAUAAUAAUAAUAAUAAUAAUAAUAAUAAUAAUAAUAAUACUUCUCAUACUGCUACUAUAGAUGGAGAAUAUGAUGCACCUCGUUUUUUCUUACCCAAUCAUUCCUUAUUUCUUCAUCAUGAUCCCAUUAUGGUACGACCAUUACUCUUUCGAUUACAUGCAUCUCCCAGUACGAAGAAUUCCUUUGUGGAAAGUGUGAUGGGAUUACUAGUAGCGGAUGAAGUAGUAAAUCCUGUAGAAGUUUUCUCAUGGAGUCCAUUAGCGUAUAUGUAUUACUUAACCCAGCGGAGUAUUUUAUUAACACCCUCUCGAAAUGAAGAUGUAGCCCGUGAUACUGUACUUCAACGGGCUGUUCCUUUUCUUGUGGAAACGGGUUUAAAUGGAUCUAUUGCCACGUUAGAUCCAUUACAUUAUCAUUCUAAUGAUAAUGCCUUACAUGAAGAGUUUAAUGGUUUAGAGAGAACAUGUCAUUUCACAAUAGCCGAUAUGACGGAGUUAUGUUUACACUCGGUAGAAGGUUCUGGUUUAAGUAUUAGUAAAAGACAUAAAUUACUUGGAGGUCCAUGGGAAAAAGUACGGGCACGAUUUAAUGAAUUUACAAAAACACAAGUCAAUCCUUUACGAUUACAUUUUCGUGAAUCUUCUUUAAUUCAUGAGAUGAAUCUUUUAUGUCGAAAAGGACUUAAUGAUGGGACCUUUAUGGAUUCUGAUGAUAAAGAUAGAGAAGAAUGUAUAAGUGUAUUUUCAAGACUUGUAUUCAAUCAACAUACCUUUUCCUCUUCUAAUGCUACUUGGUUAGCCUCUACGGGAAUAAAAUGUAUUUCAUUAGAAGCUCAACGAAAUACAUUAUGGCAAUUUUUUAAUUUACCACCUUAUAUUGAAAGAGGAGAUUUAAUUAUAAAAGGAUUAUCUUAUCAUCAUGUAGUGGAUCGACAAAUUAAAUAUCCACGUAUUGUAAUAUCUGGUCCUAGUGUUCAUGGGAAAAAUGAAGUAGCCAGAAGAGUUGCACAGGCUUUUGUAAAACGUCAAUACUACAGAAGUUUUAAUGUUUACUUUGAACCUCCACCACUAACAACAAAUCUGCAAGGAGCACAAGCCGUGAAAGCGUUAUUGGCAUCCCAAAAUAAGAAAGAACCUCAACAGAAAGAAAAUAAUAAUAAUAAUAAUAAUAAUAAUAAUAAUAAUAAUAAUAAUAAUAAUAAUAAUAAUAAUAAACAACAUACAACAACAACAGGUAUACGUUCAUCGUAUCAAUCCUUUUCAUCCUCUUUGAGUCAAGGAGAAAGUCUUAUUAUUCCAACGGAAUUCUCUUGUAAAGAUGGAGUUCGAGAUGUGGUGGUUUCUUCUUCUACUGUAAAUAAUAAAACCAAAACAUAUUUCCGUCCAAUUCCAUCUUGGAAAGAGUUUCAAUAUGAUGUACGGAAGUUACGUAGUAUGUCAGCAGAGAGUAGUUUACAAUUAUUUGCAAAAAAACGUCUUGGGAUGUUGGAAUGUAAAUUUAAUCUACAUACCGCUCUUACCAAUGAUGAUCGGGAUCAUCCCACACAUCAAUCCUCUCCUUUACGUGAAAAGGGAGAUUUAUAUAAAUGUGUAAAAGUAGAUGUUCACUGCCAUAUGGCUGCAGGAAUGACGGCAAAAGAACUUCUUCGUUUUAUUAAACAAAAAGUUCAAACACAUGCGGAUGAUGUUGUGGAUGUGGAACGUGGAACUGGACGUUUGAUUACACUUGGUGAAAUGUUUGCAAAACUUCGGGAUCCACAAAAAAUAAAUACCGUUGUUAACAUUGAUGAACUUAGUGUGGCUUCAUUAGAAGUAAAAGCAGGGAAAGAUACGUUUAAUCGAUUUGAUAAAUUUAAUGGACGAUAUAGUCCACUUGGUAAUUCAUCUCUUCGUUCAAUUUUUCUUAAAACAGAAAAUUUUAUGGGAGGACGUUAUUUUGCUGAACUCAUACGAGAAACCUUUCAUAGACAAAAGGAAGAUAAAUAUACCUUUUCAGAAUAUAGACUUUCUAUAUAUGGAAGAAAUUAUAAUGAAUGGGAUCGAUUAGCCCGAUGGUUUGUUUUACAUGGUAUGUCUCACCCAACUAAUAGAUGGAUGAUUCAAGUACCUCGUUUAUAUUCUAUUUAUCGUAAAAAUAAUAUUAUCACAUCUUUUGAAGAGAUGUUAUCUAAUAUAUUUGUACCUCUUUGGGAAGUUUCUAUAAAUCCUGAAGCACAUCCAUUUCUUAAUUAUUUUCUUGCCCAUGUAAGUGGAUUUGAUAGUGUGGAUAAUGAGAGUGAACGGGAAACGGAUGAACUUAUUGAUAUCCCACCUUCACAAUGGACGUGUAAAGAAAAUCCACCUUUUGUUUAUUGGGUUUAUUAUAUGUGGGCAAACAUUACAACAUUAAAUCGAUAUCGUGCCGCUCGUGGUCUUUCCACUUUUGCCUUUCGUCCACAUGCAGGAGAAAGUGGAGAUCCUUAUCAUAUGGCUGAUGUGUUUUUUAUUGUAGAUGGAGUUAAUCAUGGGAUUAAUCUUAAUGAUUUACCCGUUUUACAGUAUCUAUACUAUUUAACUCAAAUCCCACUUGGGAUUACACCACUUUCAAAUAAUGCUCUCUUUUGUAAAUAUCACGCCAAUCCAUUCCCCAUUUUUUUCCGUCGUGGAUUAAACGUAACGUUAGCCACCGAUGGGGCAUUAACUUUUCAUCAUACUGAACAACCAUUAAUAGAGGAAUAUAGUACAGCGGCUAAUUUUUGGAAUUUAUCACAAGCAGAUGUGUGUGAAAUUGCAAGAAAUAGUGUAUUGAUGUCUGGUUUUCCUUCCUAUCAAAAGAAAAAAUGGUUAGGUGAACUUUAUCUAUUGCGUAGUGCUGCUGGAAAUGAUAGUAAUUUCUCUAAAUUACCCCAAACACGUUGUACCUUUCGCUAUGAAGUUUAUAUGGAGGAAUUAAAAUACCUGCAGGCAAGAGCCGCUGUGGAUAUACCGUUAAAACCCAUUAUGGAUGAACAACUGGAGGGAUUGUAUAUAAUGGAUACCGUGGGCCGUACACGUGAAGAAGUGAUUGAACAACAUUUACGGGGUUUAACGGUUUCUGCAGCUCCAAUCGUACAAUAUACACAAAAAGAAACGGAGACUGGACUUGCAAGUCAAGAUCAACAACAACAACAACAAACAACAAACAAGUGUAUCACAGCGCCUUCACGACUUUGA